AUGGCUCCUCACGCUGAACCUGAAGCGGUCACGGACACUUCGUCCUUCGUUUUGGACGACCCUGUUCUCACCAAUGGUGAAAUGCAUUCGGUCUUUACCGUCGAUCAUGUCCUGCCACAUCGCCAGAGAUCAAAACCUCCUCCAACAUCAGUCGCUGCUUUUUCCAGCGCAGAUAUGUUCAAAAGCAAAGGAUGCUUCAGAAAACCGGUGGCCAAGCGGUGGGAUCAUCGUCUCUCAACGGAGAGCAAGGCCCGACAAGCUUCGUCACUGAAGGGUGCCAUGAAGUAUUUUCGGCCCGACACCAUCAGCCUCUGCGGCGGAUUGCCUUCGAGCGACUAUUUUCCCUUCGAAGAGCUCAGUGCAAAACUUCCAAUCUCUCCUCAAUUCUCGGAAGGCGAAACACAUGAGUCUGGCAAGAUUUUCUCUGCAGGCAAACACGACGCUAGAGAGGGAAAAUCAUUGCUUGAUCUCUCGAUUGCUCUCAAUUAUGGCCAGUCGAUGGGUCCUGCAGCUCUAAUCCGCUUCGUUACAGAACACACAGAAAUCGUCCAUAAUCCGCCAUACUCAGAUUGGGAUGUCUGCAUGACGGCCGGCAGCACCUCGGCGCUGGAAAUGGCACUUCGAAUGUUUACUGAGAGAGGUCAUUACGUGAUCACUGAGGAGUAUACCUUCAGCACCGCUAUUGAGACCAUAGCUCCGUUAGGAUGCAAAAUGCUGGGGAUCAAAAUGGAUGCAGAUGGAAUGCUUCCCGAUGAUUUGGAUCACAUUCUGUCCACUUGGGACGAAAGUGCGAGAAGGGCUCCAAAACCUUUUCUCGUCUAUACCGUGCCGACCGGUCAAAAUCCGACGGCAAGCACCCAACCGCUCGAGCGCAGAAAACAAAUCUACGCGGUGGCCGAGAAACACGACCUAUAUAUCCUCGAAGACGAGCCGUAUUACUUCCUUCAAAUGGAGCCCUUUGUUUCUGGGCAGACGCACGAUGUGCCCAAACCAUUUAAACCGGCUCCCGUGGCGGAAUUCCUCCAGAAUCUUGUCCCUUCGUACCUCUCGCUCGACACCUCCGGCCGCGUUCUCCGCCUGGAUUCCUUCUCCAAAAUCAUCGCUCCGGGAAGUCGCUGCGGCUGGGUUACAGGCUCAACGCAGGUGAUUGAGCGCUUCAUCCGGCACAAUGAGGUCAGCACGCAGAACCCCGCGGGCUUUGCUAUGAUCCACCUGUACAACCUGCUCGAAGAGAACUGGGGGCAGAAGGGGUUUUUAGAGUGGCUCAUGUUUAUUCGUGCAGAGUAUACACGGCGAAGGGACAUUAUUGUGAAUGCCUGCGAACAACAUCUCCCUACGCCAGUGUGCAGUUGGGUAGCGCCAAAGGCAGGCAUGUUUCAUUGGAUCCACGUUGACGUAACGAAGCAUCCGCUCUACAAGUCGCGAUGCGACUCUGAGGGGCAGGUCGACUACGCGACAUUGGUGGAAAUUGAAGACGCUGUGUUUCUAGCCGCAGCCGAACAGUCAGUCCUCAUCGCCAAGGGGUCAUGGUUCAGAGCGCAGCGGGGUAGUGAUACGGAUUUGUUCUGUCGCACGACUUUUGCGGCCGCCCCCGCCGAGAAGAUCGUCGAAGCAAUCAGCAGGGUUGGCGCAGCCAUCAGGAAGGAAUUUGGCUUGGAGGAAGUGGGAGAGAAGCAGCACGAUGACCAUGCAAGGUGA